CGCCCCCUCGCUUCCCUGAAUGGUUGCACCCUGUUUGAUUGAAGGCUCCAAUUUUGACUCGGGUUAUUAUUUGUGUAAAGAAGGAAAACACUGGAGAGUUUUAAGAAGACCGAAGGAAGAGGUAGGAGAAGAAAGCUUGGAGGAAAACAGACGCAAGAACUUUGCACUUGCAGUUUCUGCGAGAAACCGGCAGUGAUCGAGUCACCAUGACGACAGAACUGCAGGAAAUUGCCAUUCCAGAAGAGAAGCCUUUACUUCUGGGUCAGCUGGAUCCAACUAAGGAAGCUGAAAUCGCUGCUCGGAUCUUAUUGGACCAGGGGCAGGAGCACAACAUUGAGACUCCCUAUGGUCUGGUCCACGUGACCAUUCACGGAUCCCCUAAAAGCAACCGCCCCGCCAUCGUCACCUACCAUGACGUGGGACUGAACCAUAAGAGCUGCUUUGGCCCGCUGUUCAGAUUCGAGGAAAUGCAGGAGAUCACCAAGAACUUUGUGGUGUGCCACAUCGAUGCCCCGGGACAGGAGGAGGGGGCGGCAGCCUUCCCACUCGGCUAUCGGUACCCGUCCAUGGAUCAGCUGGCGGAGAUGAUCCCAUGCAUUCUGCAGUACUUCAAUUUCCGGAGGAUAAUCGGAAUGGGGGUGGGAGCAGGAGCCUAUGUCCUGUCCAGAUACACACUCACCUUCCCUGACUCUGUGGAUGGUCUGGUACUCAUAAACAUAGAUGCUUUUGCCAAGGGCUGGAUGGACUGGACUGUUGAGAAGUUGGCCACUUUAACCUCCUCACUGACCGAGAAGAUCCUUGGACAUCUUUUCAGCCAGGAAGAGCUGUAUGCUGGCACUGAACUGGUGAAGACCUACAAGGAGAUAAUCUCCCAGACUCCCAACCUGUACAAUAUCGAGCUGUUCUGGAAGAUCUACAACAGUCGCAGGGAUCUGAACAUCGAGCGGGGAAGCACUCUGAAGUGUCCAGUCAUGCUGGUGGUUGGAGAUCAAGCCCCUUACGAAGAAGCUGUGGUGGAGUGCAAUGCUAAAAUGGACCCCACACAGACCUCUUUCCUCAAGAUGGCUGACUCUGGCGGACUCCCGCAGCUCAGGCAGCCCAGUAAAAUGGCUGAAGCCUUCAAGUACUUUGUACAGGGAAUGGGAUACAUACCUUCAGCCUGUAUGACCCGGCUGUCCCGUUCGCGCACCACCUCUCUCUCCAGCUCCUACUCCAUGGAUGGGAAUCGCUCCCGCUCCCGCACCCUGUCCCAGGGCAGUGAGGCAGCACAGCCAGCCUCGACGCCCCCCCAAACCACGGAUGCGUCCUGCUAGAGGAGCCGAGGAACCACAGCACCCCGGCCAGCCAGCCGCCUCCUCUGCCAUCGAGAGUCGUCUGCUGCCUUCACACAGAGGACUGCAGGUCUACACAGCUGCUCCAGAGGAUUUCAAUACGAUGGUUCAUUGAGACAGGGAGAGAUUACAAAAUUAAUAUUUUAGGAUCUCCACUUAUCUUUUGGUUUUGGUUUUUUUCCGAAGCACUCAAGGAGCCACCGUGUUUCAAAGACCUACAAGCACAAAAAAAAAUGUCAUUUUAUUUUAUUUUUUUGUUUUCCUGUGUUCUCUGUGUUUGUGAUUUUUACAUUGAAUCUGGAUAAUGUUUGGUGUUGCUCUUCCCAACGAGGGCUGUAGUGGAGGUUCUGGUAACUGUGAAUCCACGGGCAGGCAAAUAAUAUACAACAUUACAUGUGAAGCAGCCAGGAGCCAAAUAACUUCUUUAAAGGUUUUUUUUCUGUGAUUUGCAAUAAAAUAGAAAUUUCACCUCCUAUACCUAGCUGGUCACCCAUAAGACAACUAAAAAAAAUCAGUCAAGAAAUUAUCUUUCCCUUCGGAUGAGGCGUAAAACCGAGGUCCUGCUGUAAGUGACUCUGCAGCUGAUGCAUAGUUCACCCCCUAGUCUCUGUAAAUCGCUUUGGACAAAAGCGUCUGCUAAAUGACUAGUUAAAAAGGGAUUAAAAAGGGAUUAUAAUCUCAGUGUGUUGCCCUGAAGAAACCCUAUCUAGGGGAACCAUUUGCAGACCACAAUGGAUUUGGAUCACGUGUACAGUAUUGGUCCUGCUAGGGCAUCACGCUACAAUGGGACUGUGUGUAUUGGUUUAUACAAUCAAUCCCAUUUCUAAAUACAAUACCGUUCCCAGUGACAGUGUUAGUGUAGCCAGCUGUUCACAAAUUAUCAGUAUAGAACUACAAAAAAGGAGGAUUCUGCUAUUUCCUUUUAGUAAAACAGGAAACAGCUCCUCCUUUUUUCUAACGUAAUUUGCAUACAUUUACUGGAAACAUACCCAAACGUAGCUGAUUUACUCAUUUUAGUUUUGCUUUUUAAUUGUUUUACAUUACAAAGCCCAUGUGAUAUUUCUUUUAAAAGAAAUAGGUGUCUAAAAAUUGUUUUGUGAGCCUACGUAUCAUCUGUGUUUUGUGUUCACUAGAUUUUAAAAUGGAGACUAACUGUGUAAUUACUAUACAAGCGGCCAUGCAAGUUUAAUUAUAGUGGGUGCCUAUGUUUUGAUUAAGUUGAAUACAGAAGUAAAAGUUUAACUGUGUUAAAUGAAAAGUUAUCGGUUGAUUCACAGGUAACGUUAAUGUGAAGGUGAUUUAUAUACAUUUACUGGAAAGCUGUUUGUGAAAUAGCUUCCAGCUGUGCAGCAAUGGUCUGGGUGAAAGAAAUGUUUAAGUUCACAAAACACAACACAACACAGAGUAUCAUUGUUAAUUACGUUUACAACCUGGCUGCCUAUUCUGUUAUUUUUGAACUGCUGCAAACCAGUAUGUAGCGCCCUCAUGUGGCUUCACGGUGACAUUGCAUGUCCCGGUUCAGUGAAGGAGGGUUUCAUUAUGUUUCCCUUGUGAUACCAUUGUCUGUGUGUCUGUCUGUCUGCAUUGCCAUUGCUAUUCUUAGUAGGAAAUUAAGUCGUCAAGUUUAGAUGAAAGAGAUCUGAAACCAUCACCAAUAAUUAUCCAGACCCGAUUUUGUAAAUAUUACACAAAGCUAAAAAACAAAAAAACAAACAAAAAAACAUGUGUAUAAUUUUUGUGGUCUUUGAUCUCUUAAUCAUAACAAUUUUAUUCUUAGCGAUAAAAUGAUUAAUAUAUUGUUUUUCUUCAAAUAGAAAUGUGGCACUUUUUUUUUUCUUUAGGGAGCAUUGAGGGGAUGGAGAUACCCUUUUCGCUUUUUAAAUGCAUGUCCAUAAAGUAAAUAAUAAUAAUUAUAAUACAUGGUAAAUGUAGCAUAUAUCUGGGAUUUUUAAUUGUAUUCAAUAAAUUAAGGAGAAAUCAACUAGCACUUCCAUUAUAUUUGAAGUAUUAUUAUUAUAGGGAUGCUACUGUUGACCUUGUACCAUUUUCAUACCUGCCGUUACUUAGUGUUCUCCCCAUGGUUGGGCUGAUGCGUCUCUCUGUAUAUUUAAGACCUGCGAUCCAUUUGUAAAAGCUUGUGGGAGUCAGCAGGUCUAUGCAGCAUCAAUAUCUUCAGAUCUCAUCAAGCCUGCCAGGGGAGAGCUGUGUGUGAGGUAUGGGUGUGGGAGUCUGUUCUGUGCCAUACUGUACUGUUCUGUGCCAUACUGUACUGUUCUGUGCCAUACUGUGCUGUCUUGUAUAUAAGCACCCCUUGUGUUUGAGGUCUCAAGAUGAAAUCAAACUUGGCCAGGGGCGGACAACGAAUUUUGAAAGCAGUGUUUAAAUCUGGUUUAAAUCCAGGAAGCAAGAUCAGUCACUCCUUUUAAUUUCCUAGUUUAAACUUUUUAAAGGUUAGUUAAAGGAAUUAUUUUGCUGUUUUACAAAAAAAUUCUCCAAGGCUGCAAUUCCACCCCAAGACAGCUGUGGCAGUAUUGUCGAAUGACUGCUAAACAGCUCCCCCUGGAGUUGGAAAAGGGCACGCAUUGGAACACCAAGCAGUAGAGACCAGGAAAAUGAUUUUGCACACAUCGAAAGGUCUGGGGAGUGUCCAGUAAUUAUUUUAUGAUCAUUUCACUUGAGUGACCUUGUUAAAUAUGUUUGACUGCUAGAAGUCGUUUUAAUUGCACAAACAGAGUAUUAAAAUACAGUCAAACCUCAAAACAUUAUGAACACUUGCAGAAAAACACAUCAUCGCCCCCUGAGAGAAAGGUUGGUCCCUCCAGUUAACUCCAGUCCAGGGUAGGCUUGUGGGACAUAGUCGCUGCUUUUGCUAAAACUAUUGUUUGAUGAGCACAAACAUUUUUAUUUUAAAUGGAGAGAGUUGCAUUUGUAAUCUGAAACCAAAACCUUGUUUAUGGAGCCAACACUAAAGACAAUCCUUAAAAAAUAAAAAAAAGUAGUAACAGCCAGAGAGAUCUGCAGCAUUCCUUCCAAAAUCUGCGGUGCUACUUGGAGUAAAAAAAGCCAAACCCGAUGCUGUACUGAGUGCUAGUGGAGUGAGCGAAGGGUUUACAGAGCUUUCUACACCUGUCUCCUUUUUCUAACUCCAGUGUCGGGCUGUAGAAGUUUGCUCCAGAGUUCCUGUGGACGAUUUAUCAUUUUGUUUUCUCUAUCAGGAGUUUCAGCAGGAAAGCUACUAGGCAAAUGGGCCAUGUUUCAGCUUGAGCGCAGCACAGGGGAUAACAUACAAUAAAUAAUACCAUUCUGCUUUAACAAUAACUUGAUAUUAAUAUAGAUCAUGGGGAAGGUUGGAACAGAGUUUCAGUACCAGCUAAGACCCAAUAGGCCAAUAACCUAUGAGACCUGCAUUGCAAUAUCUCCAGGCUUGUAUACAUUUCAUCCAAACACAUUUUCUGAACCACUGUCUGCAAGUAUUCUUGGCAUAAUAGCUGCUGAUAAGACUCUGUUUUAAAAUUGGUUUUCUCUGGAGUAGAGAGACCUGAUGGUUCUGCGUAGGUCAGACCAAGAGAAAGACAACUGCCAAGAGAAUGUUACCAAACCGAAGCCAUGUUUGCUGGAAACAGCAUCACAAUUGCAACCUAUUUAAACAUGUGGCAACCAUCUGACAUCGCAGUAGCUUGGUGUCCAUUGAUAUCACAACAGCACACAUCUCAGUAGCCUGUUGUAUAAAUAGUGUCCCUCUACUGUAUACCUUAUAUGAUUAAAUUGUUUUAACUUCCAAAACAAAGGGGGAAGGGGUUCUUUUUGUACCUUUGUAUGUGUUUCUCUUGUAUCAGAAUGGGGUUCAUUAAUAGAUUCAUGUUUUAGCAGUUACCUAUUUUCGCAUUGGUCACUAAAACAAAUCAACCAGCUGACUGUGAUUAAUUAAUCUGUAACAUUUAAAAUUAAACUUGAAAGGGAAAAA